AUGUGCAUGGGGCUCCGAUGCGCGACGGAAGGAUAUAUGCACAAGUUCCACGUCGGGCGGCUUAAUUUGCACGGCAAGAUUUGCAGUCAAUCCGCCGCCACCCCCAAUGCAACGGACACUUGGCUGCCAGCCAAUUUCCCCUCCUCAAACCGGUGUGCUCCACGAGAACCCACCUCAGCAAACCAUCAACCUCUGCAAAUGUACCCAGGCAACCCCGUCACCUCCCCCACGCACCUCCGCCCUAAACCCCCCUGCAUCCUCGCAUAA